AUGCCCAAGAAUCUGAACUCCAGGGUGAACGGUCUUCCAGACAUUGGGGUAGCUACAUACCCUCAGAAGGGAAACAUCCAGGAUAUCAAUCACCGGGUGUGGGUCCUUCAAGGCCAGACCCUUAUAGCAGUCCCAAGGAAGCAACACACCGUUUCAGUCACUGUUACCUUCAUCGCAUGUCAGCAUCAGGAGACCCUUGAGAAAGACAGAGGGAACCCUAUCUACCUGGGGCUGAAGGAACCAGAGCUCUGCCUGUUUUGUACAAAGGUUGAGGAGCAGCCCACCCUGCAGCUGAAGGAACAGAAAAUAAUGGAUUUGUACAAGGAACCUCAGCCUGUGAAGCCCUUUCUCUUCUACCACAACCAGAGUGGCAGGAACUCCACCUUUGAGUCCGUGGUCUUCCCUGGCUGGUUCAUUGCUGUUAGCUCGGAAGGAGGCUUUCCAGUCAUUCUUACCCAAGAACUGGGGAGAGCCAACAUUGCUGACUUUGAGCUAACUAUACAGAGUUAA